GACCCAUAAAUUAACUUGUGGGGGGUUUGCAGGCUAACAGAGCAAGGACGAGAGAGAGAGAGAUGGGCAGCGGGAAGCAAGAGAAGCGUUCAAAAAGCAGCCUCCCAAACAAAAACCCUAAACGAAAGCGUCUACCUCUCGGCCCCAAUAGACCCCAGAAGAAGAAGAAGAAGACCAAAACCACGUCCCACAAGAAGAAGAACAACAAUGAAACCAAAAACAACAAUCACAGCGUCGUUACGGCGGCGGCUACAUCGGCUGAGCAGCUGAGUUUCUUCGUGGGUCAAUAUCAAUCAGCCAAUGCCAUUCAACUCUCUUCCCUCGAGCUCGAAUCUAUCACUGGAUCAAGAAAUUGAUUGAUAUGGAGGCACUGGGAUUAACACGAUUAGCAGUGAUUGUGCUUGACAUGCAAACUGAUGUUAAGGGUUAUUCCUUAUUCACACUUCCUCAAGUCAGAGAUGAGUUCUGGGACUUGUAUAAGAACUACUUGCACCCACGACUAGUUCAAGGUGAUCUUCGUAUCUGUCUCUAUGGGCUGAUACCAAUUAGCUCCGAGGUAAACAAAGAAGUUACUGGUGACUGAAUAACAGCAUAUUGAGGUAGCUGACUUUGUUGUGCAUGUUGGCAUCCAAAUUUUUGUCUGUUGCAAGUAAUUUUGUAGAAGUGAGUUAAUAUUUAGCUUUCCAUUCUAUGUAAUCUGAUUUAUCCUGUUUCUGUACUUCUGCUGGUUGCAAAAGUAUCUGAUAAGGAUGGAUGAUUGACUCGAAUACUUUUAGGGUUUGUGAAGUCAAUGAUAUGAUUUCACAUGAAGCUACCGUUGUGGCCAUGCUUUCUGGGUUGGUGGUGUGUGCAAAAAUAAGGAUAGUUAAUAGGGUUUUAUAAACUAGGAAUUAACUUAUUUUGACAAAAA